AUGGAGGGAAAGCCUUAUGCAUUGUUGAUAGGGAGUGUCAUGUAUGCACAAGUUUGCACACGUCUGGAUUUAGCUUUUGCAAUUGGAAUGCUCAGUAGAAAUCAGUCCAAUCCUGGAAUCAUUCAUUGGAAUGCAGGUAAGCGACUUUUGCGAUACUUGAAGAAAACUAGAGAUUACAUGCUCACUUAUAGAAGGGUAGACAAUCUGGAACUCGUUGGUUAUUCGGAUUCAGAUUUAGGACGUGACAAAGAUGAAGGAAAGUCUACAUCAGGUUUUAUUUUCAUGUUAGCUGGAGGUGCUAUUUCUUGGAGAUCAAUCAAGCAAAAGGCGAUUUGCACUUCUACUAUGCAAGCUGAAUUCGCAGCUUUACAUGAAGCUACAGUUCAUGGCAUAUGGCUGAAGAACUUUAUUUCUCAGACUCAUCUAGUGGACUCUAUAGAACGCCCUAUCACCAUUUAUUGUGAUAAUACAUCAGCUGUGUUCUUUGCCAAGAACAACAAGCGUUCUUCUAGUUCUAAGCAAAUACCUUUGAAGCAGCUAUUUGUUAGACAGAAGACAAGGAGUGAAGAGAUAGUAGUACCUUACAUAGAGACUGCAAACAUGCUUGCAGAUCCUCUUACUAAAGCUUUAGCAAAUAAAGAUUUUAUUAGGCACACUUUCAAUAUGGGAUUAGUUGCUAGUUUCAAUCUAAUUGAAUAG